AUGGGUUUAUUGGUGAAUGAUAUUCGAAUUAAUGAUGAGCAGAAUCUUUUUGCGGUCUCAACUGAUGCCGGUUUACGUUUAUUUUGGGUUUAUCCACUUCGGCAAUUAAUAAAAUUGAAUGUCGAAGAUAUUGGCACACUGAAGUUCUGUUCGCUUCAUGCAACUUCAAAUUUACUUGCAAUGGCAGCAUUACCACUGGUUUCAACAGGAUUCGAACGCGAGCCAUUCUUCAUUGUCGGUGGCGAUCAUCUUGCCGUUGAGCUAUCGUUGAGCAUCAUGAAAAUAUGGAACCAAAAGUCGAAAAAGUUUAUUGGAAUGUUUAAUCUAACGAAGCCAGUUCGAAAUGUUAUUAUGACAGAUCGCCUUUUCAUCGCCAUAAUGGAUCGACAAAUCAAUAUAUAUUCUUUCCCAGUUGGUAAUACGGUCUAUGGAAGAUUUAUUACAGCUUAUAAUCCAAAUGGCUUUGGUGUUAUUAGUGAAGAAGGACAUAAGCAAGUGUUUGUCUUUCCUGGACAAAAAAGCGGGACUGUUGAAAUCGUGAAUUUACAAGAGCUUUCACUUGAUCAGUCUGAACAUUUUAACCCGUCUUUAAUUUCGAUAAAUUCGACAGAAAUUGCUGGACUGGCUAUGAAUAAAGAAGGAACUUUAAUCGCUAUUGGAUGUCAUUCUGGAAGAAUCAUUAAACUUUUCGAUGUGAGAGCAAGAGAUCUAAUAAAUGAUUUGUGGCGUGGAUCUGAUCCUGCUAUAUUUCAUUGUAUACGUUUCUCACGAUGUUCUUCAUUUCUUGGUGUAACUAGUGACAAGGAUACAAUACAUAUUUUUAAAAUUUCUCUUGAUAAAUUCGAUCAAAGAAGAACUUCCGGAGUGCUUCAAAAUAUCGGUCUAAGUAAUGAUAGUGCAAUUCGAAGCUUCGCGAAGUUCACUUUACCAUCACCAACUGUUGUUGAAUUAAUUUUUCCUAGUUCUAGCCGUGGUGAUUCAAACACGAAAAAAGAUUGUGGGUCGCUGAUUGCAAUUUGUUCAAAUGGCCAUUAUUUUCGUCUCGAAUUUAAUUUAGAUGGAUCAGUUAAACUCGUAGAUUUUGAUCUCUAUUUUGAAACAGGCAAUGAACAAAGUUUUUUCGAUAUUAAUAAUUAA